UGCGGAAGGAACGGAGCGGGGUGGCCGCGUGCGCGUGGCUGUUUCCGGCAGGAAGAGCGAUCGUUGGAGGCGGCGUGGUUGCAGCGUUUUGAGUUUACGCGGGUUUAUGGAUUUCCUUCAUUAGAGCUGUAAGAUGAUAGGAAGUAGCCUUAGUCACAGCUAUCGAGAGUUUCCCACCUCUACAUGAAGUGUUGAAGACUGAAAAAUCUGGCUUGCAGUGCAAUAUAAAUACAAACAAAUAUCAGAAAGUAACUGAAUAUUAAAGCAAUUAAAAGAACUGCUGCACAUACUUUCAAAUAAUGAGAAUUUUAAGUGUCUGUCUAGUGAAUGUCAUCAGAAGAUCUUUCUUCCAGCUGACUGCACAAAGUGGAACAUUUUUAAUACUGCGCAGCAAGGUCAAUACUUGUAGAACAUUUGUUUUGUCUACGUGCUUGAACAAAAAUAGCUUGCCAGAUGCAACUGAGAAAUUAAACUUGGAUGGAUGGAAAGAUCUCAUGCGAACAACCUCACAAGAAGAAACCAGUGAAAAAGACUCAGAUGCUGAAGAAGACCCUAAUUUAACAGCUACUAAGGAACUUAUUGAAGUGUUGAGACUUACCACUAAACUUGUUCCAGAAAAUAUCAGUGAAGAACAGUUUCAGAACUUAUUAGAGCUUCCCACUAAAACUUCCAAAAAGAAAUACUUAGCUUUCUUGUUUAAAAGAGAACUUAAGAAAAAAGCUGAGAAAGAAAAGAAAGAAAAAAAGAAAGAAUCAUCCAGGGAAACUUGUGUUGAGAAAAAUUCCAGCAAUAAGCCAGAAAAUAGACUUAUUAAGUCGUUUUGGAGCAAAUCAGAGGAUAUUGUGCACAGCUGGAGAGUUGCCCAGUCUAUGAUCUUCGGGCAGCCUCUCGUGUUUGACAUGAGCUAUGAAAAUGAAAUGUCACAGAAAGAAAUAAAGUAUACAGUGAAACAGAUGAUGGAAUGUGAAGCGUUCAAUCGCAGAGCCAAAGAUCCAUUUCACUUUCAUUAUUGCAGUCUCACGACAGAUAGUCCGUAUCACAAAGAAUUUGUCAAACGUUACGGAGAAGCGUGGGACAAGUUGCUGGUGACAGUGAGUGAAAAGGCUUAUGUUGAAAUAUUUCCAAGAGAUCAGAUUGUCUACUUAACUGCUGAUUCUCCCAAUGAAAUGAAAAAGUUUGAGAAUGAUAAAAUUUAUAUCAUUGGAUGCCUAGUUGACGGGGCAGGAAAACCAGGUAUCUCCUUUGCUCGUGCAAAACGGCUGAACUUGGCAACAGCUCGACUUCCUUUGGACAGAUACCUGGAUUGGCAGAUAGGUGGCAAAAACCUCACUUUGAAUCAAAUGGCAUGUAUCUUAUUAGCUCUGAAAGAUACUGGGGACUGGAAGGAAGCGCUCAAGUUUGUUCCACAAAGGAAACAUUCUGGUUUUGUGGGAACUUCUUUAACAGAAACUGGGAUAGGCAUGAAAACAAAGACAAACAGGAUAACAGCUAGUCAAGGAGUGUCACAUUUUGCAGCCAAGUCCUCAAACAGGCAAACGAAGAUUAAGUGGUGGGAAGAUGUCUCUUCAUAGUGUAUCAGUCAUGGGUUAUGCUUGACACAGGUUUGAUUUAAGGCAAAAUGUAUCCUGCACAAGCUUUUGACUAUUUGAAAAUUUCCUGAGUCUUGAGUGACAUUGAUUUCUGUAUAUGUAGUGCAAGUACAUGCUUAACUUUCACACAUCAUUGUGAGGACUAAAUUCAGCUGAAUUGUGCUCUGUGUCAUUCAGGGCUCUUGUGAUGGAAGAACUUCUAGAUGUUUAAAAAUCCAAUGUUUUUUUUAAAGUGAUAUUAAAAACUUCAGUAGUACGGUAAUUGAACCUAAACUUUCUGGGCCUGACUUCUGGAUGAGCUUUUCCACACAGUUUGUAAGAUGAAACCACAAAAUAAUAUAUAAAAAUUACAACUCUUGUGACAUGAAAAAAUUCAAAUACAAGUUGGUAUUCAAGACUUAUCAGUAGUCCCAGCUGGUGGACUAUGUGGCAUGUGUGGCUCAUGGCAGCUGGUGUUGAGCUGGUUCACAGAUUAGAAACAUUCAGGGGUCAACAAUAUGCUGAUGCUAUAUUGCUGGGGCCAGUUUACCACAGGUGAUGCAAUGCAACACAUUGUGAUUGCUUUUAAGCAUGUGCUAAACAAUAUGGAGCUCAUAUUUACAAACCUCUCAUUAUUUCUGUUUUGCUCAAAAUGUAAAAAUUCUGCAAAGUGUGUUGACAGCAAUGUAGCUGUGGUUGUACAGUACAGUACUGAGAAAUAAAUUCUUGAUUUCUUGGAAUAUA